UAUUAAACACUAAGCUUUCUCGAACAACAUCAUACAUAUAUAUAUAUAUAAGAAAGAAGCGAGAGAUUGAUUCAUAGUAUAUAUAAUAGAAGGAGAGAAUUAAAGAAUAACAAAAAUUUUAAAAAAAAGAUGGUCAUCGGCGAACCGGAGCUCUGCCUCCGACUUGGUAUCGGCGACGAUCGACCAUCCGGCGACGUCGACUCUGCCAAAGUUUGCAGGGAUGCGAGAUGUUUUGAAAUAAAAGAGAAGUGCCAAGAGAAGCAGCAGCAGCAGCAGAAUAAGCAGAUUACAAUCUUCUACAAGGGGCAGAUUUGCGUCUGCGACAUCACAGAGAUUCAGGCAAGAGCCAUCAUAACUAUGGCCAACCAAGCGAUGGGAAACACAGCAAACAAAAAUGGAAAACACACGAGCAUUGACACCAACAACCGUUACAAGCAUAGGCAAGUGGUAGAGAACUCAUGCAACACGAAGGCCCCGUCGCGAACUCCGCAUUCGAUCUCUCCGCAUGGUAGCAAUGUGAAUCCUCCGCCGCAGCUCCUGAACUCGGGGCUCACGAUGAAGCGGUCGCUGCAGCGGUUCCUUCAGAAGAGGAAGGCGCGAUUGACCGCCGCCGCCGCCGCUCCGUACGAUGCUCGCAUAAAGGAACUGCUAUCCUCAUCCAUUUCGUAGAUCGAGUUUUUUUUUCUCUCUUUUUUUCCUUAAAAAAAAAUUAUCUUUAUAUGUUCGUGCUUGAGAUAUGAGAUUGACUUGUAGUUCUAUAUACACCUGGCUAAUCUUGUUUAUUAUUAUAUGUUUGGUUGUGUUUGAAUUAUUGAGAUUGUAAUUAAUACAUAAUUAUUCUUUAUUAAA